AUGCCGUAUCAAACAACUGCUAAUGCUAUCGAGGCCUCCGCCAUGUACGGAUACGACUCGGCCUUUAUUGGAACCACGCUUACCUUGCCCUCGUUUGAACGCGCCUUUGGCCUAAACAAACCGGGGGGCGAGAGCGUAGACAAUUUAUCGUCAAACAUUGUGUCUACUUUCCAAGGUGGUGCUUUUUUCGGGUCUCUAUUUGGAUUUUUCUUGGCCGAGCGAUUCGGUCGUAAGCCAACAAUGCUUGUGGCCGGCUUUUUGUUUUCCAUCGGCGUGGCUCUGCAAAUGGUCGGGCAUAUCGGCCUUCUUUACGGCGGACGAGUGCUCACAGGCCUUGGAGUGGGAGGUUCGGCUAUGAUUUUGCCUAUUUAUAUUGCAGAAUGCGCUCCAGCAACUAUCCGAGGCCGGCUUGUCGGUAUCUUUGAGGUUAUGCUCCAGAUUGCGCUAGUUUUUGGCUUUUGGGUCAACUAUGGGGUGAACAAGAAUAUUUCUCCCUUGGGUGACACGCAAUGGCGGAUCCCCGUUGGUGUGCAGUUUAUACCUGCUGGGAUGCUGUUUCUAUGUCUGAGCUUUAUGCCCGAGUCUCCGCGUUGGCUAGCAUCUAAAUCAAAGAGAGUCAGCGCCUUGCGCUCUUUGUCUUGGAUCAGAAAUCUUCCAGAGACACAUGAAUAUAUUCAGCGAGAAUUGACCGUCAUGGAAGCUGGUUCCCAGCAAGAUAUUGAAGAAUCUGGAGAAGGGUGGAGACACUGGGUACAGCUUCUCCGUGAGCUCAACCAGAAAGGUGUGCGCAACCGCAUGAUCAUCAGUAUCAUGAUGAUGAUGUUUCAAAAUUUCACCGGAAUCAACGCCAUUAAUUACUACUCGCCCACUAUUUUCAAAUCAAUCGGCUUCACUGGCACAAGUGUUCAACUGCUCGCAACAGGAGUAUACGGCUUGGUCAAGAUGGGAUCAACAUUUGUCUUCGUAGCGGUAAUUGUCGAUCAUAUCGGACGUCGACCGGCACUUCUAGUUGGCUCUAUUGGGGCUGGAUUUGCCAUGUUCUAUCUCGCCAUCUACUCCAAAGUCAGCAACAGUCUGAAUAAAGAGCCACCCCGUGAUGCGGGGGCCAACUGUGCCGUGGCAAUGGUCUAUAUUUACGCUAUUUUCUACGGCUUUUCAUGGAAUGGAAUUCCAUGGUUAUUCACUGCAGAGGUUCUCCCUACACGAGUACGGACGAUGGGUAUGGCUAUAUCCGUCUGCAUGCAGUGGCUAGGACAGUUUAUAGUCGUUUACUCCCUUCCUCAUAUGAUCACUGGCAUUGGGUACGGCACGUUCUUGUUCUUUGCAUGCUGCACUGUUUUGGCAUUUGUGUUUGCCUACUUAUUUGUUCCAGAGACCAAGGGUGUAUCUUUGGAAGAUAUGCACUUGAUCUUUGGAUCGGAUGUCUCGCCCAUCGCUACCAAGGCACGCAAGAAUUAUGAUACGCACCGCGAGGACCGCCUCGAAUCGGUUAUUCGGCGCGGAAAGGAAGACGUCGAGCAGGUUGAAACGGCAUAG